CUAUCUACACACCACUCGACGCCGCUGCUGCCACGAUUGGGAAGUUUAGUUAGAUAUCCUCGAACUGUGUGCAGCCGAAAAUGGCUCCCGGACAAAGUCGCAGCGUCUUCGUGGGCAAUAUUCCCUUCAAUCUCAGCGAGGAGAACAUUGUCAAGAUCCUCAGUCAAGUCGGUACGGUCGUCAAGUUCAGGUUGAUGACCAACCCCGACACGGGUAAAUCAAAGGGAUUCGGUUUUGCAGACUUCCAGGAUGCGGACCAGGCGGCCAGCGCAGUUAGGAACUUGAAUGAUUUCGAGAUCGAUGGACGUAAGAUCCGCGUCGACUGGCCUCACAACAACGAGAAAGACUCGGUUCCAACAAAUUACGAGCAGACUGCUGGCGCUGGGGCGGAUGGAUACCAACAAACUGGCGCAAAUGCCCUUCCUCCACUGCCUCAAGGGACAGAUCUUCCCCCAAACCUCAGGGCAACCGAUGCGAUCUCCCAGACCCUUGCCACACUUCCGCCGCCACAGCUACUCGAUGUCCUCACUCAGAUGAAGGCGCUGGCCAUCUCAGAUCCUGCAAGAGCCACCUCCCUCCUCAAGACCGCACCACAACUCUCCUAUGCCAUAUUCCAGGCUCUAAUCUUGAUGAAUCUCGUGGACCCCAAAGUACUGGCACAAGUCGUUGAACAAGCCUCGAGACCACCUCAACCAGCCAGCAUCCCUCCACCGCAGCCCACUCCACAACAAUACCCCGGCUUUCCACCGGCCAUGAUGCCUGGUCAGAUUCCUCCCAGACCUCCUCAGCAAUAUCCGACAGCGGCGAUGCAACAACAGCCACCCCAGCAGCCUCCCGCCCAACCUCAGCUGUCUCAUCAAGAGAUGAUCCAACAGGUCCUCGCUAUGGAUCAGAGGACAAUCGAUUCCUUUUCUCCGACUGAAAGGGCACAAAUCAUGCAGAUCCGAGCAUCGAUGGGGGUAAGAUGAGCUGCAGGGACACUGUUCAGAUCUAACUUUACAAACCAUCGUUCGCCAUAAACAUGCGGAGGGCGCAAAAUAUUCGCUCAUGGUAUGGCAUACAUCGGGAAUUCUAUUCCACGGAACUGGGCAUGAAACCUGCAACAAAGCCGCUUCUGGAGGAAUUUAUGCAACACAGCCCCUCAGCAAAUCCGUCAAGAUUACCGAGACGAAGGGUAUAGACGUUUGCUAAAUAGAAACAUCCUGAAAAGCCGGCAGCGCCGUGAUCGCGCCGCGCCCAAGAACACAACAUCCUCUCUAGACGGCAGAAUGACAUGCCCGAUACCACAGCGAGAGGAAAUGUAGUCGCAGAAUACUUAGAUAUUAUGGAAGUCAGGAGAGGCUCGAGGAAUCGUAUGCACUAUGGAUGCAUUGUCUCAAGCUAUGCUUCGCAUUUUCUACAGCGGUGUGAACGAAUAGGCGCCAUCUCUUUU